AAACAGUGUCCUAGACUCGGUUGACCACACCACUUCCUGCAUCAGUUCACAUACAUGCCCUUCCAUUUCUCCUUUAAAACUCAUGCUCUCCCUCCAUCUCCACUCUCAUCUUUACGCUCUUGCAGUGAACUACUACCCAGCUAAACACCUUUCAUCUUUCUCCUCAAAAUAGCACCACCAAACUUGUUUGUUCUGCAAAACCUUCAGAAGAGCCAUGAAGCAACCAGUCCUGCAGUAUCUGAAGCUGUUCCUGUUGCUAGGCCUUGGUGGAGUCACAGCCAUGCAUGUGCCCAAACAAGAUGUAUCUGCAUCCCUGAGAGCACUCUCCCUUGAUGGCCAUUUCAGCUUCCAUGACUUGUCUGCCGCUGCACAGGACUUCGGCAACUUCUCUUGCUUCCCGCCAGUCGCUGUGCUCCACCCAGGCUCAGUGGCUGACAUCGCCACAACUGUGAGGCAUGUGUUCUUGAUGGGUGAGCACUCCACACUCACAAUAGCAGCUCGUGGGCAUGGGCACUCUCUAUAUGGACAGUCCCAGGCUGCUGGAGGGAUUGUCAUCAGAAUGGAAUCCCUCCAGAGUGAUAGCAUGAAGGUACACCCUGGUGUGUCACCCUAUGUGGAUGCCUCAGGAGGAGAACUCUGGAUAAAUGUCUUGAACGAGACAUUGAAGUAUGGUUUGGCACCGAAGUCAUGGACAGACUACCUCCAUCUUACAAUUGGGGGCACGCUAUCAAAUGCGGGCGUCAGCGGGCAGACAUUCCGGCAUGGCCCACAGAUCAGUAAUGUGAAAGAACUGGAGAUUGUGACUGGAAGAGGUGACGUCGUCACUUGCUCACCUCAACAGAACUCUAAUCUCUUCCAUGCUGCCCUUGGUGGUCUAGGUCAAUUUGGCAUCAUCAUUCGGGCCAGGAUUGCUCUUGAGCCUGCUCCACGGAUGGUAAGGUGGAUAAGAGUUCUCUACUUAGAUUUCGCGAGCUUCACCGAGGACCAGGAGAUGCUUAUUUCUGCACAAAAGACCUUCGACUACAUUGAGGGUUUUGUUAUCAUAAACAAAACAGGCAUCCUUAACAACUGGAGGUCAUCAUUCAAUCCACAGGAUCCAGUGCAAGCUAACCAGUUCAAAACAGAUAAAAAGGUGCUCUUCUGCCUCGAGAUGACAAAGAACUUCAACCCUGAAGAAGCUGACAUCAUGGAACAGGAGGUCAAUGCACUACUAUCUCAACUUAGAUAUACACCCGCCUCCUUAUUCCACACAGACGUCACUUACAUGGAGUUCUUGGAUAGGGUGCACUCAUCUGAAUUGAAACUGAGAGCUAAGGGCUUGUGGGAAGUCCCACACCCAUGGCUUAAUCUCAUCAUCCCGAGAAGCACGAUCCAUAAAUUUGCGACAGGGGUCUUUGAAAAAAUCCUCAAAGAUAAUAACAAUGGUCCCAUACUGAUCUACCCAGUGAACAAGUCCAGAUGGGACAACAGAACGUCAGUGGUCAUACCAGAUGGGGAGGUUUUCUACCUGGUGGGAUUCCUACCCUCGGCACUAGGCCCCUACAGCAUCGAACAUACAUUGAACCUGAACAGACAGAUAAUAGAGUUUUGUAACGAAGCAAGUAUUGGGGUGAAGCAAUAUCUGCCAAACUACACCACAGAAGCAGAGUGGAAGGCCCACUAUGGGGCAAGGUGGGACACAUUUCAACAGAGAAAAAACACCUAUGACCCCCUGGCGAUCCUAGCUCCAGGACAGGGUAUAUUUCAAAGGGCAUCAGCAUCACUACCCUUGUUCUUGUGACAUCAUCUACUGUGAAAAUGUUUAUGUGGAUCAUUUGUCUGUGCUAGUACAGAAUUGUAGUUACUUUGAAAAAGGGAACGAACUGUAGAUGAAUGACAGUAACUAGUGACUAGUAAUCCCCAUAAUACUUUUAUCAACGAGAUCAAAGAAGCGAAAACAUUACAUUCGCUUUGAGUUGCGCCUGAUGCGCUUUUGAAGCAAUCAUUUGAGGAUUAUAU